AUGGAGCCUGGGAGGUUGCGGGAGACGGGGAGGCGGAGGCGGAGAAUGGAGCGGAGAACGGGGCCGAGGGGGGCCGAGAAUGUCGCCAAGGACGACGACAAGGACGACGACAAGGACGACGACAAGGCAGACACUCCGAAAGUCGUCCACGACGAGGAGGAGGCAAAGACACCUCGUAGAUGA